UUUGAUCAAAAAUUAAAGGAGUUAAAUAUGGAGAGGUUCAAAAUGUCAAAGCUCAGUCUCACGGAAGUCCUGAAGAUUGGACAAGAGGACCUAAAAAAGAUUGUCCCUCAGAGGAUCGAGCAUGUUCCCUGGUAUUUCCUUCAGAACCUCAUGGCUCUAAAUGGAAGAGCAAGGAACACACAACUUGACCAAUCAAUAAACACAAAAACAAAUGGCCUACAGGAUGAGGAUAUGGAUUUCAUGGACAUUAUGGACACCUCAAAUUCCAUCCACCCCCUGGAUGUCCUGUGUGUUCUCCUACAUUGUUCAGACAGUUUUAUGCAGCAGGAGAUUGUAACCAAAAUGUCCAUGUGUCAGUUUUCCCUCCCCUUGUUGCUCCCCGACAGUAACGGUUCUGAGUGCACCUUCAUGCUGUGGGCAAUGAGAGACAUUGUGAAGAGAUGGAGACCUCAGUCACUGGCCGAUAUUAAAGGGUGCAGAGAAGACGACUUGGUGAAUAUUCCCAUGCCAGUCUUUUCUUUUGUCAGACUAGGAAAAUGUAACCUGUCCAAAUCGAGAAUUCUCAAUUAUAUGCUAAGUCCACCUCAACAGCACCAUGAUUUCUUUGUCCAUCAGAACAUGGAGGGGGCCAACAUCUUAAGAGAAGUCUCAGACGGAUUAGUAGAAAUUGCCUGGUUCUUUCCUGGGGGAAGAGAAAACUUGGACCUGUUCCCAGAUCCGGUUGCAGUGACCAACCUACGUGGUGAGCUGGAAUCCAACUGGAGCCAAUUUAGCUAUCUAACAAAGGUAUCAACAGCAGUGUUCAUAUUUAUCGAGGACGUAGAUGAGAGACAAUACAGUCUUCUGUCAAACAUUGAAGAAUCAAACACAAACUAUUUCAUAAUCAUAGCUCCCUCCUCUAGAUAUGUAAGUGCGGAGACACAGAAGCGCAUAAAGACAUUAUUCCCUAUACUGAAAAUCAAUAGGAAGAACGUUUUGGUGAAGACCAGCGGUGUUAACGAUGCAGAAUUAGUGAAGAAAUUACAAACAAUUAUAGCAGAUCUAAUCAAGUCUUCCUCAUGCUACAUUACCCUAGAGGAGAUGUCACACAUCGCUGGGGAUCUGGGCCUACGCGUCGAUGAGCAUUCAGAAGGCCCCCAAAACACCAGGAAGAUGGCAUUGGAGAUCACUAAAUGUGUGAAGGAUGUUGUGCAGUACAAGAACACAACCAUGAGGCUACAGGGGGAUCUUUGGAAACAGCUAGCUAAAAUUGAAAAGGAAAUAUGCAGGAUGAAAGGAUUAGGCAGUCAUAAAACAGAGGACUACAAAUCGAAACUUAUCAAAAAGUGUUCUGACCUACGUAAGCAGCAAAGCGAGCUCAGUCUCCCUGACGGGAUGGCCAGAUUCAUAGAUGCGAUAACUAAUUUACCACAAGUGGAGAAACAUUACUUUCUGAAAUGGUUGAAGCUGUACCUGGACUCAAUCUCGAGAAAUCACCUCUGUGUGCUACAGGCCGAGUACAAGGAGCACUGUUUCAAUAUCACCACCAACGUAGACAAGCUAAAGCAACUGGAUCAGAUAAUAUCAAACAGCUCUUUAGGAACAGAGCAUUUUAUCAGAGAGGUAGGACAGUUUUAUGAGGCAGAAUGUUUCUUGGCAAAGGACUUUAGAAAUGCACAAAGAGAACUGUGUAAACUCCCAGGAAUUGCUGCUGAUCUUCUGUUGGACGGGUUCCCAUUGGAGCUGAUUGAUGGAGAUGCCUCCAACAUUCCACUGCGGUGGAUAACUGAUGUCCUGACAGAGCUGGACACCAAGACAGGAGGAUGUUGCAGAAUGAGGGUAAUAACUGUGUUGGGAGUACAAAGUACCGGGAAAUCCACUCUUCUGAACACCAUGUUUGGGUUACAGUUCCCGGUGGCCAGUGGGCGAUGCACACGAGGAGCCUUCAUGACCCUUAUUAAGGUAAAAGACACCUUACAGGAGGAGCUGGGCUGUGACUUCAUUCUGGUGAUUGACACUGAAGGGCUGAAAGCUCCUGAGUUGGCUUUCCUUGAGGAUAGUUAUGAACAUGACAAUGAGCUGGCAACACUAGUGGUUGGGUUGAGUGACAUCACCAUAAUUAACAUAUCCAUGGAAAACACAACAGAUAUUAGGGAUAUUUUGCAGAUUGUUGUCCACGCAUUUCUCAGGAUGAAAGAAAUUGGGAAAAAACCCAACUGCCAGUUUGUACAUCAGAACGUAAGCGAUGUGUCAGCUCAUGAUAAGAACAUGAGAGACAGGAAGAAAUUUUUGGAACAAUUAGACGAAAUGACAAAAGUAGCAUCAAGAAUGGAAGAAAACGAUAAUGUCACAAAGUUUUCUGAUGUUAUGGAUUAUGAUAUUGAGGAACACAGCUGGUACAUACCUGGCCUUUGGCAUGGGGUCCCACCAAUGGCUUCCAUAAAUACAGGUUAUAGUGAGAAUAUUUUUGAACUAAAAAUUCAUCUGUUUGAAAUAAUGAAAAAGCAGCUGGAAUUGAGAAGAACUCAGACUGUCUCUGAUUUUAUUAAAUGGGUGAAGAGCUUGUGGAACGCUGUGAAAUACGAAAAAUUUAUUUUCAGCUUUAGGAACAGUUUGGUGGCUGAGGCUUAUAACCAGCUGUCAAUAAAAUACUCAGAGUUGGAGUGGAAUUUCCGGAAGAGGAUGCACAAGUGGAUGAUGGAGACAGAGAAUGAGAUAUUAAACCAGACAGAUUCAGAAUUAGAAGUUGAAAUAUGGGCACAAAUUAAAAGAAACAUGCAAGAAACAUUGCAGGAAGAGGAGAGACUCAUGUCCGAAGCCCUAGAGAUAUACUUUGAGAGUGGGAACAAGUAUGUACAUCUGGUAGAGAGGUACAAGGAGGAUUUCUUUAGGAGUGUGAUGACCCUAAGGAAAGAAAUUGAAGAUAAUUUAGGAAUCCAGUGUGAGGAAGCAAUUCGCAUACAGAGAGGAAAACAAGAGGUACAAUUUGUUCAAAAUGGCUACCUUAAGACCAUUGAAGAGAAAUCCACCAGUCUCCUGGACAACUGCAAAAACUUAAACCGUCAACUAAGCGAUGAAGAGCUACAAUCUGAGUUUGAGACUAUGUGGAAUAAAACAAUAGCCGGAUUACAGUUCAGAAGUUUAAAGAAGUACAACAUCAGCCAAGAAAUGUUGGAACAGCUAAGGAAAGACAUGAGAAACAAAGCGGGCUACAUCAACGAGAAGCUAAAUGAAGUAAAAAGUCUAGAUGACUAUGGGCAGAAUGGCUUGAACUUUGACAAGAAAUACACUCAAUCUGGCUGGUGUGAAAGCAUGUCAGAACCAAUCUAUACAGAGUACCGGAAAAAGGUGAAUGACCUUGUAAAUUCCUUAAAAGACAAGUGCAAUCGGCAUGUCAUAGAGCAACUUAAUACAAUGAAGGACUAUCAUCAGAUGUACUGCCAGGAGCUUCUAAACAUUAUAAAUGAAAGACUCAAUCGUGAUGAUGUUAGGAACCUUCAUCUCACAACACUGUUCGAGCUGGAGCUGAAACUUCACCUCUUGGGCCGGGUUGCACCAAUGUUCCAGAAAAAGCACAAUACUUUCUUCCAAGAAAACAACAUGAAGCACUAUCUGGAUAAAAUAAAGCCUCAGUAUUUCUCAACAUUUAAAAAUGUUUAUCAUCGAAAGGAUGAGUCCAAAAUCAGAGCCCAGAAGUUCUGCGAGAUAUGUCUGAAGCCGGCUCUUUCAGAAUACGUGUACAAAAAUUUGGGCGGUGAAAUAGUAAAUGAUAUACUGACGAGUAGUGAUUCCAUCCGCUACAGCUGUAGGACCUUCUUCCAGUACACUCUGCUAAAGGAGCUUCUAGAAGACCACAUGUUUGCCCAGUAUGCAAAAUACAACAAUCAUUAUGAGACCUUUGUAAAGACUUGGAUAAUAAAGUACAUCACUGAGAGAUACAAGGAGUCCGCCUCUUUAGAAUCACUGAAAUCAAAUAUCCUUGCCACAAUCUCGAGAAAAGUAAGAGAAGCCCUAAGGGAUCCCAAGGUACGAGGAAGUCCCAAUGUGUCACAAUGCUUGAAGACAUUUUGUACAAUGCUAAAAAAAUAUUUGGUCAUAGCACAGAACGAGAUGAAAUUAAUUACUUAUCAAAACACUGCAUACCCUGGACAGUUCGCAGUCGACAUUGAAGAGGUUCUGCCCGACAUUGAAAAACAGAUCACCACAGAAAUAAAACAUUUCACCAUUGAAUAUGUGCUUUCCAAGGCAACCAUGAAGCCACAGGACGAAUUGUUUAAGAAGGUCUUUGGAUGCGGGAAGCAGUGUCCCUUCUGUAAAGUGCCCUGUGAGGCUGGGGCUGCUGACCACAAGGAGCAUUUCGCCUCUGUCCAUCGUCCUCAAGGGUUAGGAACGUACAGGUGUACUGAAUCUAAAGUGCUCUCACAUUCUAUAUGUUCCACCGAUGUGGUCGGGAACACAACCUUCGUGAAUUCAGACACCGACUGGAAGCCUCGUCUCUACAGGGAUUACCGCAAGAUUUACCCCGACUGGACCAUACAGCCUGACACCACCAUCAGCGCCUCCAAUUACUGGAAGUUUGUUUUCAAAGAGUUUAAUAAACAGUUUUCCAAUUACUACAAUGCCAAGUUGGCGGAUCUACCAAAGGAUUGGUACCAGAUCACCAAAGAGCAAGCUCUACAAAGUUUAAAGGAAUCCUUCAACAUGAAAUAAAAAUCUAGAAC